AUGCAGAGACGCUCCAGAUUGAAAGUACAGCUGCUGUUCCGUGCAAACUCUGAUGACAACACGGCCACAGUUCAUGGGAACAAUGUUGCUUCAGCUCCAACGCCUUUCGAUUCCACAGGCCCUUCAGAUGAAUCAGUCCAGAAUGUUGACUCUGUUCCAGCUGGGGUGCAACGUUCACUUCAACCCACUGGUGCAGAAAGUUCUGAUGGUGAGCGUGACAAGAUGUUGACUGCCGUUUUGCCUGAGACAGCAAUCAAGCCUGAGGCUGACACGACAGAGGUCAGAAGCUUGGCAGACGCUCACAGUUGGCCAGAUCACCUUUUGGAAACCUAUGCAAACCACUUCGAGGUUCACGAUGACUCCACGAGGCUGAUUUCAAAUUCAGAGCCGGAGUCCGAUGAUGAUCUGGGCCACGACAAAGCUGGCAGAGAUAUGCGCCAGUGCCUGAAAGACCUAAAGCACCGCAUGGACUUCAGCAUUAUUUCAACAGCUUUCUCUCUGGAAUAG